AUGAAGAAAUCCUCCAAAGCUGCAACCAACUAUACCUGCGGCCUCCGCAAGCGCACCUUCUGGAUCAUAUGUGCCCUCACCCUCGCUAUCGCAGCUGCAGUAAUCGGCGGAGCAGCAGGCGCCAUUCUCAUGAAAGAAAAAAGCCGUCAUACCUCAUCACCAACCAUCCAACCAUCCUCAACUUCUACACCCGUCUCAACAACCACUCUUCAACCCUCCUCAACGUUAACUUUUGCAUCCCCAACUCCCACAGCAGUGACUAUCGACUGCCCGGGCUCGGACAACACAACCUUCACGACCUCAAACGGCGAGCACUGGCUCCGCAAAUGCAAUGUCGAUUUCGGGGGACCGAUACCCGUCAAUGGGAACUACAAGACGUAUUCCAUAGGCGAGUGUCUUGAGAUCUGUGCGACUGUGACGCCAAAAUGCUACGGGGUGACGUGGGUAUACGCGCAGCCGCAGGGGGUGGGAGACAGCUAUUGUUGGCUGCAUGAAGAACGAUUAGAGGGCGAUGGGGUGCCGAGGAGGGUCAUGAUGGAGAGCGCUGUGUUGAUUGAUGGAUAG